GGGGGGGGACAUGGGGAGGAGACAUCACCCGUGCCGUGGCUCACCCCCCCUCCCUCUCCUCUCCUUCCGCAGCACCUCGCCGGAGCCCCCUCGCCGGGAUGAACGGGACGGCCAACCUCACCCCGGCUGGCCGCGGCCACUACGGCUCCGCCAUCCCGGUGCCGCGUGCCGUGCCCCCCAGCAAGCAGCCCGCUGCGGCCCCCCCGGCCCGCCAGAGCACCCCGGGGCCUCCUGCCUCCCACCAGGCCUCGUCCCCUCGCCUGGCCUCCGGUCCCAAAAGCCUCAAGCCCAAGCCCAGAGCCACCACCGGCCAUGAGCCGGCCGGGGACCCCAGCCCCAGCGUCCCCCCCCGUGGGGGGCAGAGACUCCCGGUGCCCCCCGGGAAGUGGCCGGAGGUGGGCAAGGGGGUGGCGGGCGGCCGAGGGGCUGGCGUGGAGAGCGGCCUGCGGGGACCCGGGGGUCGCCGUCCCUUGAGCUGCUCCGUGAGGGGGCCGGGGGCGACCCCUGAGAUGGCGGCGGAGGAUGCCCCCCCCGUCGGCUCGCAGAGCAGGGUGCCUGUCUUCGGGUCGGGGGCCAUCAGUUUCUCCUCGGCCUCCCCGCACAGCCGGCCCGUGACGGCCACCGUGGCACCCUUCCAGUACCGGCUGCAGGAGGACGGGGAGGAGCGGGCCACGUCCCCGUGUGACACCAGUCCUGCCAAGGGGCCCGACCCCAAGCCCGGAGCCUUGAGUGAGUCUUUGGGG